AUGGUACGACGAUCUACAACUACAGUGACUACAACGAUUACAACAGUAGCAACUAAUUCAGCAUAUUAUUGCAAUGGCAUCUCAUCUUUUACACUAUGGCAAUUAUAUUCUCCCAAUGGAUUAUUUAUGGACAUUGAUACGACCAGUUGUCGUUUUAAUUCAACUCCACUCUAUUUUACUAGUAUGGCUGGAACUAGUUCACAUUGGGAUUUAGCGGGUUACACUGCUAUUUAUAGUCCUACAAAUACUUCAUUUAGAAUUUAUACUCGUUCGUUGAAUACAAUGAAUAGUACAGAAAUGCUUAGUUAUUCUCAAACAUACAUAUGGAAUGUAAAUUGGUUUGGUAUUUCUUAUUAA